AUGCAUAUGUCUAAAGGAGUUAUGGUUUUUGGACUCAUGGUGCUCAUUAUGGGAAGCUUUAUGGUGCAAGAGAUAGAUGCUAGAAGUAUUGACUACGGAGCUAUUGGUCGCGGUGAGACUCCCGAUUGUAGCAACGGAGAAUGUAAUGACACGCCGGCUAAUCCUUACACUAGAGAUGGACCAGAAUAUGGCAUUGGGGAUGAGUGUGAGGAACUUAUCUUUUUCCUCAUCCCCAUGGCAUGGGGGAUUAGUGUUAGGCCAUUGCUUUUUCAAUUGGGGAAUUUUCCAAAUAUAAAGAAAGACUCAUCUUCUCUCGCUGGGAAGCUCGUUCAGCCCAUUUUGAAACUGUUGAAUGAGGAUACUUCAGAAGCUGUAUGGGAAGGAGCAAUUCAUCUGUUAUGUAGGAUUAUUACUUUAUUUCCAGCUUCUCUUCAUCGUUAUUAUGACAAUAUUGAAACUGCUAUUGCUUCAAAGAUUUUAUCUGCAAAAUGCAGUGAUGAUAUUUUAAAGAAACUUGCUCAUUGUCUGGCAUUGCUCCCUAGAUUAAGGGGAGAUGAAGAAAGCUGGUCCUUAAUGAUACAGAAGGUUUUAUUAUCUAUAAAUUCACACUUGAAUGAUUUAUUUCAAGGUCUAGAAGAAGAGAACAAACGCAAUGAGGCGAUUAGAUUAUUGGUUCCACCUGGUAAGGAUCCACCACCUUCCUUAGGAGGUCAAACUGGAGCUUCAGUUGAUGCCACACUGAGGCCGGAGCGAUUGGUCAUAUCAAGGGUCUCUAUCCUCAUGUUCUGCUGUUGUACAAUGCUUACGAGCCCUUACCCUGUUCAGGUAACUGUUCCCAUUCAAUCAUUGUUAGCACUUGUUGAGAGAGUACUGAUGGUGGAUGGCUCUUUGCCUCGCACUAUGUUUCCCUUCAUGACCUCCACGCAACAAGAGUUUAUUUGUUCAGAACUUCCAGUUUUGCACUUAUGCAGCUUGGAGCUCCUAAGUGCAAUCAUAAAAAGUAUCCGUAGUCAGCUUCUUCCGUAUGCUGCAUGUAUAGUAAGACUCAUUACAAGGUACUUCAGGAAAUGUGCACUUCCAGAGUUGAGGAUAAGGGUCUACUCGAUCACGAGGAUGUUGCUGAUAUCCACGGGCGUUGGAAUGGCGAUACAUCUUGCACAGGAAGUUAUUGACAAUGCAUCUGCAGAUUUGAAGCUGAUUAGUGAUGAUAGUUGUGGGAAGCCCUCUGGUGGAAGUUCCAAGACUUCUACUGGAACAUUAGUGCAGUCUAGACGGAGAAAAAGAAAGCAUCGUAAUGACUCUGGACUUGAGUCACAACUAGAUACAACUGCUUUGGAAUCAGAAGCACCCAAUAACAACCUAGCGAGUCCAAUUUCUGUGAAGAUAGCUGCGCUUGAGGCAUUAGAAGCUGUUCUUACAGUGGGUGGUUCUCUGAGAUCUGAGGGUUGGCGUUCAGACAUUGAUAUUCUUCUGGUAAAAACAGCAAUGAAUUGUUGCAAAGGAGGAUAUGCAAAUCAGGAAAUUAGUCAAUUCCUGCCAUAUGAAUCAACCGCAAUUUGGGCUGAUUUUCAGCUUGCAGCAUUUCGUGCACUUCUGGCAUCUCUUCUUUCCCCAUCUCGUGUUCGACCUGCAUAUUUAGCCCAAUCUCUUGAGCUUUUCCGUAGAGGCAAACAAGAGACUGGAACAAAGCUGGCUGAAUUCUGUGCACACGCUCUUUUAGCCUUGGAGCUCCUCAUACAUCCCAGGGCACUUCCAAUUGAUGAUUUGCCUGCUGCAGAUCAAAAGCCGGGUUAUGUAGUUAGCCACAAAUUCCCAGACAAUAUAUAUUCUAGUGAUCAGCAAAAUUCCACCCGAUUUCCAAGUGGCAUAAAAGGAACAGGAUAUAUCCAUCCUGAUUCAGACGAUGACGACCUGUACAAUAGGUGGUUGGAAGAUGGCAAUGAUCCAGGUAUUCCUUUGAGUAGUGAGGAUAAGAACACCCCAGAAGUGGCAGAGUCUUCUGAAGCUAUAGAAGUUCAUUAUGCAGAAAAACCUUCAGUUCCCAGUUCAUCCGGCACAAUAGUUCCAGAGACAACCGAGCAGGAGGCAGCAGCAGCCAAUGCAGUUGCAGAAACAAGUAAAGAAGAUGAAACUAUGGUUGACACCCAGCAAAUUCAAGAAUCCACGGUACCACUUCAGGAACUUGUUUCGGCCAAAGUUGCUUCCAGUAAUGGGGACUUAAAUCAAACAGGUCAUGCAGUGGCAUCAAGAAAGACCAUCUUGGUAGAGAAAGGCAACGAGGUUACUUCUGCUGGUGGAAAUGCUGAGGAAGUUAAGGCAUCGGCAUCUGUAUCUGAUGAUGACUCAUCGUUGGCUUCACUUCCUGACAUAUUAGAUGAUAUGCAGACAGACUCUGAUGAUGAAUUGAGUUCUGGUAACUAGCAUUCCCAUGUUGGGAGAGCAUUAUUGUAUAACAUAUUUAUAGAAAGGGCUUUGGUAUCUAUAUCUAUGUACAAACCAUUGACAAACUAGGCAUUUCAUGAGGAUUAGCUUCUACUUCUUAACCCACAACUGUAGGCUGCGGCUGAUGUAGUUGGAGAAUUGUUGCUAUUUUUGGCUCCCUCUUCUUCUCUUCCAAAAUUC